GCCGCUCCCUCCGGCUCGUCGUUCAGCACUCUGUAACACUCACAGAUAAAUGCUCAGCUGGUUUUGGAGGCUGCUCAGGCGUGGAUUUCUGACUGUAAUCAAAAAGGAUUUGCUCAUACUUUUCGAAAGUCCCCAGCAGCUGGAGCUCCUUGUUUCUCUCAUCUUCCAUCCCAAGUGCAGUCCACGGUUUGGGAGUGAUGGAGCGUCUGAAGUUGGUCCUGCAGUAUUUCCAGUCUAACUCCGAGUCCAUCUCCAAUGGCAUCUAUGUAAUCCUCUCUCUGGUCAGCAUCAAGCUCUACUCCAGUUUUGACUUCAACUGCCCGUGCCUUCCUCAGUACAACAAACUGUACUCCCUGGGAGUGAUGACCGUCCCGCCCAUCAUACUCUUCUUCCUGGGGGUCCUCAUAAAUCGACACAUAGGUGUCAUGAUAGACGAGUGGCUGAGACCAAUUGGAAACAGAUCCAAAAAUCCUGCUGUGGUUAAAUACCUCUUCUCAGCCAUGAUCCAGAGGGCCAUGCUGGCGCCCAUGGUGUGGAUCCUGAUCACUUUGUUGGACGGAAAAAUCUUUGUCUGUGCGUUCAGCAUGAGUGUGGACCCUGCACUUUUCUCAGGUGUACCCAACAACACUGGACUGGAUGUAGUCAAGAUCAUGGCCAAAGUGCCCUGCAAAGAAGACGUUAUUUUCAGAGACAGCUCUUUCCGUAAAUCGGUUUCUCGCUAUGUGCGCUGCUAUUCACAGGCCGUUGGCUGGUCCAUCCUCCUGUUCCUGAUCGUGCUGGGAGCACUGGGACGCCUCAUCAAGCCCUUCUUCGACGACCACGCCAACUUCCUGCAGACACGUUACUGGAGCAACUACCUGGAUGUGGAGCAGAAGCUUUUUGAUGAAACUUGUGUCCUACAUGCUCGUGACUUUGCCCGGAAAUGUGUGGUGCAGUUCUUUGAGGACAUGCGGGAUGACGCUGUGCUUCGUAUUCCACAUCCAGCCUUCAUGGCAGACCUGGGAGAAGACCUGGAGGACGAGGACGAGAGGCUUCAUGGGAUAACCAAGCAGGAGCAGGUGGACCAGCUGCUCAACAAGUGGUACUGUAGCAAACCUGAGCUGGACGUGACGAGGACGGCCGUCAGACCCCGGGCCUGCGUCACCUGGGAGGACUGGAGAGGGAGGGCUCUAUACUCAGAUGUCUAGAGUAGACUGAGCUGGAUAUGCAGUCGCUCCAAAACUACUACCCCAUUUUUUAAUUAAACAUGUAUUUAUUUAAUUUUGCUGGUGUUAAAAUAAAAGUCAACCGUCAUCAUAGGUUUAGUUUUAGCAAUAUAUAUUUAACAACAUGAAGUCAAAAACAAAAGUCCAUAGGGGAAAUACUAAGCACCACCAUGAUUAAAUCCACCUUUCAGCAAUAACUUGAAGUAAACAUUUCUAUAUGAUACGUGUGUGUGUGUGUGUGUGUGUGUGUGUGUGUGUGUGUGUGUGUGUGUGUGUGUGUGUGUGUGUGUGUGUGUGUGUGUGUGUGUGUGUGUGUGUGUGUGUGUGUGUGUGUGUGUGUGUGUGUGUGUGUGUGUGUGUGUUAUGCGUGACCACUAAGGGGCCCCCAAGAGUUAAAAAAUAAGAUAAUUUUUUUAUGUGUGAGUGAUGAUUCAUACAUUAUCAAAGGUAUGUUAUUGUACAAAAACACAAUAGUUAAUAUUAUUACAUCAACAAUAUUAUGUUAGACUUACAGAAGAGUAUUAGGGCCAUGCAGGAGAAAAAAUAUUUGAGAGGGGAAGUUUUUUUUUUAUUGUGCACUUCGAAAAAAAAUAAAUGUCGAGAAAAAAGUCGAAAUGAUGAGAAAAAAGUCGAAAUGUCGAAAUUAAUGUUGAAAUACAAUUUCGAGAAAAAAGUCGAAAUGUUGAGAAAAAAGUCGAAAUGAUGAGAAAAAAGUAGAAAUGUCGAAAUUAAUGUUGAAGCACAAUUUCGAGAAAAAAGUCGAAAUGUUGAGAAAAAAGUCAAAAUUUCGUGAAUAAAGUUGAAAUGUUGAGAAAAA